AUGUGGGCGUCGCUGCUGCUGCUUGUGGCUGCCGCCGUGUCCUCGGCGAUGGCCGAGGACGACUAUAAGAUGCGCGACGAGGUGGACGUGGUGGCCAACACGAUCCGCCCGUACGCGAACCCGACGGAGACGUACCAGUACUACAAGCUGCCCUACUGCAAGCCCAAGGAGCGCCAAUGGGACGACCACGACCUGGGCGAGCUGCUCACGGGCAGCCGCAAGGUCGUGACGGACUACCGCCUGUACUUCGGCGUCGACCAGACGUACGCGCAGCUGUGCAAGCUGUCGGUCACGCAGGACGUCAUGAAGGCCUUCAAGGACGCGGUGGAUGAGGACUACGAGUUCGAGAUGUACGUGGACGACAUCCGACUGCGAGGCCAGGUCGGCUACCUCAUCCAGGAGGGCAUCCGCGAAGGCAUGAAGCUCCACUACUACCUCAACACGCACCUGCACUUCGACAUCGCCUACAACGACGUGGAGGCGGAGGAGGGCAAGAACAAGAUUGUGGCUGUCAACAUGACCAUGGCGUCGUCUGACCCGGAUCUCGAGUACCACUACGCGCUGUCGCCUGAAAACAUUGCCAGGUCGCCUGAAGCAAUCUUCACAUACUCGGUGAAGUGGCACAACCGACCGGACCUGCUGUACGAGAACCGCAACGUGGAGAAAGAGCUGGUGGAGCCUGACGACCUGGAGCUUCACUGGAUCUCGGUCAUCAACUCGUUCAUCCUGGUUAUGAUGCUCACGGGCUUCCUGUCCAUUGUGAUGAUUCGAAUUCUGAAGAGAGACUUCUCGCGGUACACGGAUCUGGAGACUGGGGACGAGCACUCGCUGGAGGAUGACUCCGGGUGGAAACUGUUGCACGCCGAUGUUUUCCGGUUCCCGAGUCACUUGAGUGUUUUCUGUGCGCUCAACGGUGCGGGUGCGCAGUUGUUUGUGAUGCUGUCGGUGGUCCUUGCGUCCUCGUUGCUGGGGAUUGUGAAGCCUAACAAGCGCGGUGGCAUGAUGACUGCGUUCAUCGUCCUCUACGCUCUCACAGCUGGCGUUGGCGGAUUCCAUUCUGCUCGGAUGUACCGUCUACUCGGAGGUCAGCGGUGGGUGUGGAACAUCUUGAUGUGUGUGCUGGUGAUUCCGGGUCCCCUGGUUGCGAUUUUCUCGUUCUUGAACUCGGUCGCGAUUUGGAACGAUUCAUCCGCAGCUCUGCCCUUCGGCACGAUCAUGAUCGUGCUCGCGCUGUUCAUUACGGUGGCAUUGCCGUUGACGAUCAUCGGAGGCAUCGCAGGACGGAACUCGACUGGCGAGUUCAAGUCACCUUGCCGCACCAACAAGAUUCCGCGCGAGAUCCCCUCUGUGCCCGGCUACCGAAGCCCCUUCAUCCUGAUCAUUGCGGCCGGGUGCCUUCCGUUUAGCGCCGUCUACAUUGAGCUGCACCACAUUUUCGCUGCUAUCUGGGGCCACUCGAUCUACAAGCUGUUCGGCAUCCUAUUCCUGUCCUUCGUCAUGCUCGUGUUCGUGACGGCGUUCACGACCAUCUCGCUCACGUACAUUCAACUCUCGUCCGAGGACCACCGCUGGUGGUGGCGAUCGUUCGUCUCGGGCGGCACGACGGGGCUGUUUGUGCUCGCCUACAGCGUGUGGUACUACACGAGCGUCGCGGACAUGACGGGCUUCUUCCAGGCGGCCUUCUACUUCGGCUACACGAGCAUGAUGGCCUACUGCUUCUCUGUCAUGCUGGGCUUCAUCGGAUUCCAGAGCUCGCUCUUCUUCGUCAACAAAAUCUACCGGGCCAUCAAGGUCGAGUAACAGUGCAGGAGCUAGUCGAGCGAUACUGAAUGGUAAAUGGCAAUCAUAUCCGUGGUUUGCUUC